AGGAAAUUAAUCUUUCUACAUAGUAUUGGAGCCUAAAAUACCAAAACCCUAAUUCUCUCCCCUCCUCUCUCCCUCUCUCGGCCCGAGCCGCCGCCCCACCAGCGGCAGCCCCUCCUGCCGCCGUCUCUUCCUCUCGCCGGCAGUCAUCCCUCCCCUCUCUCACAAUCAUGACCGAAGCCAGUGAAGUCACCUCUCAAAAUACCUCCCCCAAGCCUCCUCAUCUUGCUUUCACAACAGUACCUAAUGUGAAACUCCAUGUUCCUGUUCAACUCAGUCUCUCUCAACCCAACUACAAAAAGUGGAGCCGACUUUUUCUCCUUCUUGUUCGGCGCUUCAACCUCCAGGGUUUCCUCGCUGGCUCCGUCGUCCCCCUCUCCGAUGACGAUGAUGAAUGGUUCCAACUCGACGCUCUCCUCCAGGGUUGGAUUCUCUCUACCAUCACCGAUGAGGUCUCAGAUCUGGUAAUCUCCUUUGUUUCUACUGCCUCUGCUCUCUGGAAAGUCGUUCACGACUUAUUCCACGACAACGAACAUGCCAGGGCCAUGCAAUUGGAGCAUGAAUUUCGCACGACCAUCAAAGGAAACUCCACCAUGGCGGCUUAUUGCCAACAAUUACAGAAUCUGACCGACUGGCUGGACGAUGUCGAUGCACCCGUCUCCCAGCACCAACUUGUUCUCCAAAUGCUUCGUGGUCUUCCUGCAGAUCUUCAGGCACAAACAUCUUUCAUGCAAUUUCAGGAUCCCAUGCCCACUUUUUUGCAAGUCCGUUCUACACUCAUGCUUCUGGAUCGACAACGGACGAGUCCCACCGACUCGGGCACCACGGCUCUUCUCACGAACCGUGCCGGUGGCGGCUACCACGGCGGUACUCCCGGCGGCUAUGGCAGACACCAUGGCGGCACGGGCUAUGGUGACGGCAAUUCCGGUCAACGUGGAGGCUACGGACGAGGCCAAGGCCGUGGCGGUGGAAAUCGGGGGCGAGGUCGCGGACGUCAAAACGGCUCACGACCGCGGCAAUCCUACGACGGCAACAAUACCUGGAACUCACCAAACCCUAACCCUAACCCGGGCCUCCUAGCCAACCACCCCCACCUCGCCCACGCCUACUACACCCUAGCCCCCUCCUCCGUCCAGCCCCACACCCCAAACCCUUACCCGACAGCACCCUCCUUUGCCCCACCCCUAUACAUGUACCCCUCCACCCCUGCCGUAGGGCAGUACCAACCCCCAUAGCCCCACCCGACAGCCCAAAGCCCCACCCCCACAGCCCUUGCACACCACUUUGACACCCUAUCCCUCCGUGAACCCUCUUGGUAUAUGGAUAUCGGUGCAUCCCAUCACAUUGCCUCUGACCCAUGUACUAUUUCUCAUGUUAUUCUCAAUCUUUAUAUUCACCAGUAUAUAUCACUGUUGGUAAUGGAUCUAAGGUUAGCACUACGGCUAUUGGUAGCCAU